AUGUAUUAUUUUCUGGUGCAAUUCCAGGUACUCGAAUGGUCAGGAGUGUCUCUCAUCGAUCGAAACUUCGAGGAUGUGGCACAGAUAAUUGAACGCUCUAGUGAUGUUGCUGAACUUGUUGUUGAGCAUGUAGGAGAUAUGGGCAUCGAUUCGCUGGACGAGCCCGGUAUGCCGCCGCCAUCAUCUAAAACAUCUGGAAACUUAGGUCUUCAGUUAGACUCGGAAACGGAUAAAACGCCUUCGUCACCGACCCGCAGGAAACUGCCAAAGACGCCGGAAAAAAUACCAAAAGAUCGACCAGUAAGUGGUCGUGUACAGAUUCACGUGUGGUACGAAACAGACAGGAAAGAGCUGGUAGUGUCAGUUUUGGCAGCUGAUGAGCUUUGUGUUCGAGACGAUGGUACGCCACCGGAAGCUGUCGCCAAACUCGUUCUCAUUCCAGCCAGCGUCGAUCAGAGCUCUCUGCAAACAGACGUCGCUGGUCCGACGCAAAAUCCUAUUUGGAACGCAAAUCUGACGUUUACCGGGAUCGCUGGUGAGAAGCUAAUGGACAAAACGAUCGAUGUUACCCUUUGGGACUGCCAUCCUGAUGGUGAUAAUAUUUUCCUCGGGGAGUGUUCUGUUGAGUUGCAAAACGCUUUUGAGUAUCGAUUGGAAGACCCUCGGGGAAUCCGCUCAGGGAAAUCUCCUUACGCUUCACCGCGUGGCUCGCUGUCAAUGGAAGUAGCGUUAGCGCAGAGGUUACUUAGACGGGAGAUUCGAGAGCGAAGUUACAGCGAAGACACUCAAAGCGAUAGUGGAAGUCCGGAACCUUAUUUCCUCCACCCAGACCACGCUUGGCAGGCAAACUCUCGACGCGGUUCCUCACAAUCCGAACAAUUAGAAGUUGAGACUUAUGAACUUAGCAAGGAUUACAGCAGAUCGCUUCCCGGAAGCAGGAGGAGCAGCUUUCAAAGUCAAGGCGGUACUGAUAGCAAACGUGGAAGCAUAGUCGACACUGAAAUGCCAAGUGGUUAUUACAACCGCGACCGGCGACGCAGCUCCGUAGCAAGGUCAGCCCGUGAUCCAGAAGAAGUGUUGCGAUCCUUGAAAAAAGCUGCUGCCAAGGGCGAGCUCGGCAGAACAAUGAGUCUAUCCAGUGACAAAAGACGCGGAAGCCGGCGAGACGAGCGCAAAGACAGCAUUGGAGGAGUACGUGGCGAAAAACGUGACAGCAUAGGACAAACAAUGAUGGCAUUUUCCGAGCGAUUUUACGACAGAAAUAGUGAGUCUGAUGAAGACGAUAAGUGGAGUCAACUGAGAGAUGAAAACGGUGUGGAUGUAAAAUUGGGUCCCGGACAAGUAGCACCUCGAGGAUUCAAAUUUAUCGGAGGUACACACAGCGGCGAAGUUAAGCUGGCCUUGUUCCUGAGCAAAGGCACUCUCGAGGUCGAGGUGAUCUGCGCGCGAGAUAUAUGCCCAGGAGAGAAAGAAGAACCGGACGUAUCUCCGGGACGGCGAUCGCUGGAUCCACAAAAGGAAGACCCGCGUAAUACGUCACUCGCGAAACCCGCAGUAUCGUCAGACGCUGAAGUACGGCAGCUGCGACGCACUGGGACGUAA